AUGAAGAAUCCAGUCCACAUAAACGGGCAAAAGCCCAACCAUAGCCUUUUAUACAAACACUUUGAAAAGAAUCCCGGUCUAGUCAUUACUUCGGGAAAAGGCAUUUACCUCGAAACCGAAGAUGGUCGCAAAAUACUCGACGCCACCUCUGGGGCUGCAGUCUCCUGCCUUGGGUUCGACAAUCAGGAAGUGAAGCUAGCAGUCAUUGAACAACUGUUGAAUAUUCCCUAUUGCCACCCUGGAUUCUACCAGACCAAGGUAGCCGAAGACCUUGCCUCGCUUUUGGUUCAAUCGACGCAUGGGCACAUGGGCAAGGCAAUUCUCUGCGGAUCUGGAUCUGAGGCAAUGGAAGUCACGAUGAAGCUAGCCAAGACCCAUUUCACACACCUGGCCAUCCCUGAGCCCGAACGUACGAGAUUCAUUGCUAGGGUGCGAUCUUACCAUGGCGCGACCCUGGGCACGCUGGCACUCGGAGACUGGAAGCCUCGGAAGGAUCCCUUCAACUCUAUAGUUCCCCACACCACGACGCAUGUCUCAGCCUGCAGCACCUAUCGCGGGCUGCGGCAUGGGGAGAAAGAAGAAGCUUAUGUCGCAAGACUUGCCCAGGAGCUGGACGAUGAGUUCCAAAGAGUCGGGCCAGAAAAGGUUUGUGCCUUUGUGGCUGAGACAGUUGGAGGAAGUGCGAGUGGCUGCGCAACACCAGUGCCCGGUUACUUCAGAGCCGUUAAGGCUGUUUGCCAAAAGUACGGUGCGCUUCUGAUUCUCGACGAGAUCAUGUGCGGCAUGGGGCGCACCGGAUCUCUACAUGCGUGGGAGCAGGAAGGAGUAGCUCCAGACAUCCAGGCUGUGGGGAAAGGCCUGGGUGCUGGAUAUGGUGCGAUCUCGGCUGUUCUGGUCAACUCCGACCUUGUCAACUCGUUCAAGAAGGCUGGAAAGCCCUUUCCACAUGGUCAAGCAUACAUGGCCUAUCCAUUAGCCGUAGCCGCGGCCCUGAAAACGCAGCAGAUUAUCCGGGAGCACAACCUCAUAAGUAAUGUGGCAAAAAUGGGGAAGUAUCUGGAACAACAGCUCAAAGAACGUGUUCUUCAUCUUCCUUUUGUGGGAGAUGUUCGUGGCCGUGGGCUAUUUUGGGCGGUUGAAUUCGUUUCGGAAAAGACUACAAAAGCUCCAUUCCCUGCCGCCCUGGCCGUCAACAACCUACUCCACACCAAAGGUCUCCAGCCUGGAUACGACAUCUCCCUAUUCCAUGCCGGUGGAACAUAUGACGGCUAUGCCGGGGACCACUUCCUCAUAUGUCCACCCUACAUCGUAACUGAGAACGAUAUUGAUGAGAUAGUCAAUCGCACCAUCCGAGUUAUCGAGGAUACCUUUACCGACCUCAGUCAGACUGUGUUAUGGGAGAAGCUUUCAUUAAAGCCUUGGAGAUGUUGA